CUAUAUGUUAGCAGUCUUUUAUACAGUUACGUUGUUAAUUUCCUGAAGAUUUGAAGUAAAGAACAAGAAGUAUAUGAUAGUUUGUUUAACGGGGGUGGGGGAUUUUAAAACUAUUUGAACAAAUGCUUAAAUUGCACCCUGAAAUCCUGCUGUAUCUCAACACAGUACUCGGCGGCUAGUGUGCAAGAUUGAACAAGCAUCUCCAUUUGCACAAAUUCAGUUGAUUUACAUGAACUUAGCCACUUGCCCUGAUCCAGCGGUCAUUCCUAUAGAAUCAGGGUAACUUCAGCGUCUUACAGAUAACGGUACUGCAAACAGCGAAUUACUCAAUUUUGGACUUUGAGUUUGUGAACACAGAAGUGACCAGCACUGUGAACAUGGACGGAUCAGUAGGAGACGCACGUAAAGCUAGUAUACCAUCUGUCAUUAAAGAAGAGGUGAUUGCAGAAGAAAAAUGGGUAAAACUUGAAAAGACAACCUACAUUGACCCUUCUGGCAAAACAAGGACCUGGGAAACAGUGAAGAGGACGACUAAAAAGCAUACUUCUUCAGCUGAUGGUGUUGCAAUAUUUGCUGUUUUAAACAGAACUCUCCACUAUGAUUGCCUUGUAAUGGUAAAACAGUUCAGACCACCACUGGGCUGCUACUGCCUUGAGUUCCCAGCAGGCCUCAUUGAUGAUAAUGAAAGUGCAGAGGAUGCUGCUUUGAGGGAACUGCUGGAAGAGACUGGAUACAAAGGAGAGGUGGCUGGGGUCUCUCCAGCCAUUUGUCUAGAUCCUGGUUUGACAAAUUGUACAACCCACAUUGUGACGGUCAAUAUUAAUGGAGAUGAUCCUGAAAAUAUCAAACCCAAACAAAAGCUUGGUGAUGGAGAAUUUGUGGAGGUAGUUCUAGUUCCUCUAAAUGAAUUGCAGAAGAAAAUUGACGAAAUGGUGAAGAAAGAACAUGUGGUGGUGGAUGCAAGAGUUUACAUCUAUGCCAUGGGGAGGACACAUGCAAAAUCAAAGCCAACUGAGCUGCCUGUUCUGAAAUCCUGAAUAUAAGUCGACAUUCCUCUUUUACAUAUUUUGUAAUGGGUCCAAAUAGUUUGUUUUAUGCAUAUGUUUUUACACAAUUCAAAGAAAACAAACAAGUUUUACCACAAUUCCAGAAUUAGAAGUACCUAUUAAGAUUACAGUGCCUUAUGUGAUUUUAACUUUUAAUAAAGUGAUCAUUGGAAACCUG